AUGGAGAGACUACAACUCAGACAGCCGCAGCAGCCGCGGAGCUGCCCGGAGCUUCGUCUCCGUGUGUGUACGGAAGACGAGAUGGUCACCAACUGGAAGUCCCUCCUUGUGACAGGCACGGGGUUGGAUAGCGUGUCCUGUGUCCCCGCCAGUGAUUGGAUGGAGGCGGGACCAGGGAAUGUCCAUCCCGUGCCAGCCAGAAACCCGAUUGGGCCGGAGGAAGAGGCUCAAAGGAAGCAGACGGUGAGUGGCGCUGUGCGUCAGGUAAGCUCGCCGUCAGAUGUUUCUCUCUCUUUGGCAGCGAUUUUGCAGGAGCUACAAGAAGAGCUGCGGAUUGUGCUAUCGCUGCUGGCCGAGCGAGGUGCCCUCCGGGCAGUGACGCAGGGAUCAGAAGGGAUGGCUGCUGCACCAAAGCAAGCGCCGCUGGCGAGAGAGGAAUGGCGCCGCACUGGAACUUCUGACCGGAGGAGCACAGCAGGAACAAUAAGCACAAGGGAUACAAUGGCAAUGAUAACGGGACAUUUCGGGCCAUUCGAUGAUUCAGUUGAGCAAUGGGGCGAUUAUACAGAGCGAUUUGAGUUUUUUGUGAAAGCCAACGCCAUUGACGAUGACUUGAAAGUGCCGACAUUUCUUAGCGUUAUCGGGGCAAAGACAUUUAGUCUACUGAGAAGUUUGGUACGGCCAGGAAAACCCGGUGACAAGUCAUUUGAUGAUAUUGCAAAGAUUCUGGACUCACAUUUUUCGCCUAAGCCGUUAUUAAUAGCUGAAAGAUUUAGAUUUCACAAACGGAACCAGGAAGAAGGCGAGUCUGUUGCUCAAUAUGUAGCGGUACUCAAGAAACUUACAGAAUAUUGUGAAUUUGGUGCUAAUUUGGAUGACGCCUUAAGGGACAGGCUAGUGUGCGGAUUGAGAAGUGAGGGCCUUCAGAAGCGGUUACUCACUGAGGCCAACCUCACAUUGCAGAAAGCGAUUGAGAUAGCCGUGUCUAUGGAGCUGGCUGCUAAAGAAGCACAGCAGUUAGGGGCAGCUGUUAGAAAAGAAAAUAAAACUGACAGUGAGACUGAUUCUGAGGCUGAGCUACUAAUUAAAACACUGAAUAAAAAAAGAGGCUCAGCAGCAUAUACUAUUACUGCCAUGCUGGAAGGGCACCCUGUGAAGAUGGAGGUGGAUACUGGAGCAGCAGUCUCCCUAAUAUCAGAGAAACUGUUUAAGAAAAAAUUAAAUCACCUUCCACUGAAACACCCUAGGAUCAUAAUAAAGACAUACACUGGGGAGAGUGUGCCUAUGUUGGGUAAAACAAAGGUUCAGGUUGAACUAAAUGGGCAAAGAACCAAAUUGCCUGUAUAUAUUGUAAAAGGUGAUUAUCCAGCUCUGAUGGGCAGAUCGUGGCUAGAAAAAGUACAGUUGGAUUGGACCAAAGUGAAUGCUGUGUCUGUUGAACAGUCCGAGUUGAAUUUGGUCCUGAGAAAGCACCAAGCUGUAUUCCAAGAGGAACUGGGGAGUAUAACAGGGAUUAAAGUGACACUCUGGGUGCAACAAAAUUGUCAGCCAAGAUUUUUAAAGGCAAGGAGUGUUCCUUACGCUUUAAGACCUAAGGUGGAGGCGGACAUUGACCGGCUUGUCAAACUAGGAGUCCUAGACCCUGUUUCUCAUUCUGAGUGGGCCACACCUGUGGUUCCGGUGGUCAAGUCUGAUGGAUCUGUACGAUUAUGUGGGGACUUUAAGGUAACAGUUAACCCUGUACUCAUAGCUGAGCAAUACCCCCUUCCUGUGAUUGAAGAUAUUUUUGCUGGAUUAGCUGGGGGAAACAAAUUUAGUAAAAUAGACCUCAGCCAAGCAUACUUGCAAAUGCAUGUAGAUGAGGACUCACAAAAGUACCUCACCAUAACAACACAUAAAGGGCUGUACCGUUAUUGUCGUUUACCCUUUGGAAUUACUUCAGCACCAGCGUUAUUUCAGCGUGCCAUGGAUCAGAUCCUUAGUGAAUUACCAGGGGUACAGUGUUACCUGGAUGACAUCCUGGUCACAGGGCGAGAUGACAAGGAGCACAUGGCCAAUCUGGAUAAAACCUUAAGCAGGCUAGAAAAGUAUGGGCUGCGUGUAAACAAGGAGAAAUGUGACUUUUUCAAAAUGUCUGUGGAGUACCUAGGACAUGUUAUUGAUUCUGAGGGGUUGCACACAGCUCCUUCAAAAGUGAAGGCAAUAGUAGAUGCCCCUGCUCCAAGCAAUGUCAGCCAACUGAGAUCAUUCUUGGGUCUCGUGAACUAUUAUGGGCGUUUCAUUCCACAGCUAGCAACGUUGUUGAAACCACUCCAUGAGUUGCUGUGUGAGAGUAGACCCUGGAAAUGGUCACAGGAGUGUGAAACGACAUUUAGCAAAACCAAGGCCGCGCUGGCUGAUAAAAGAGUUUUAACACAUUUUGACCCAUCCUUACCAAUUCAGUUAGCUUGCGAUGCAUCCCCUUACGGUGUUGGGGCUGUGGUGUCGCAUAUUAUGUCAACAGGUGAGGAGCAACCAAUUGCAUUUGUGUCAAGAACAUUGAGUAAAACUGAAACAAAAUAUCCUCAAAUUGAAAAAGAGGCUUUAAGCAUCAUUUUUGGAAUAAAAAAAUUCCACACUUACCUCUUUGGUCGAAAAUUUACCCUGCUAACAGACCACAGACCUCUCACGUCUAUUUUUGGCUCACACACUGGUGUACCAUCUAUGGCAGCAAGCAGACUGCAGCGCUGGGCAUUGCUCCUUGGGGCUCACAAUUAUGAGAUCAAAUACAGGAGUUCGGAGGCACAUGGAAAUGCAGAUGGUUUGUCAAGACUUCCCCUACCUGACCAACCCAGAGAACAAGGGCAAAAGAUUUUUUACUUUAAGAUGGUGGAAAAUGCACCUAUCACUGCCCACCAGAUUAAGCAAGAAACCAAGGGUGAUUAUACACUGUCAAAACUACUCACCUGCAUUCUUAAAGGGCAGGACCUUAGCACCCUUAAUGCACUGCCUGAUGUUCAGCCUUACCUUUCACGGGGAAAGGAGCUAUCUGUGACAGCAGGAUGCCUCAUGUGGGGCAUGCGAGUAAUUAUACCACAAAGGUUGAGGAAACCCAUUCUGGAUGAGUUACAUCUUGGACACUGUGGUAUAGUCCGAAUGAAAGAGCUAGCCCGGAGUUAUUUUUGGUGGCCUGGACUGGAUCGUGAUAUUGAGGAAAAGGCAAAUUCAUGUUCAUCAUGUCAAGGCCUCAGAAAUAUGCCAAGUCCAGCACCAUUGCAUCCAUGGGAAUGGCCUGCCAGUCCUUGGCAACGCGUUCAUUUAGAUUUUGCAGGACCUGUAGAGGGUGUUAUGGUUCUGGUCGCAGUGGAUGCACAUUCUAAGUGGCCUGAGAUCACUGUCAUGCCCGACAUCACAUCAGAAAAGACAAUCCAAACCUUAAGAGAGAUGUUUGCACGUUUUGGACUGCCAGAGCAGAUCGUGACGGAUAAUGGGCCUUCUUUUGUAUCCCAAGAAAUGGAAGAAUUCCUAAAAGGUAAUGGUAUUAAACAUCUCCUAUCCAGCCCUUAUCAUCCUUCAACUAAUGGCCUGGCUGAAAGAAUGGUGCAAACCCUUAAACAUGCUCUUAAAGCAUCCAAAAGUGAAGCACCUUUCAAACAACGUCUUUAUACCUUUCUUCUUAAAUAUCGUAACACACCCCAUGCAACAACAGGUAUGUCACCAGCUGAUCUGUUCCUAAAAAGGCAGCUGAGAACACGUCUUGAUUUGUUGAGACCAGCUACCACUCAAAUGAGAGUUUAUGAUAAGCAGCACGAUCAAGUAAAACAACGUGCCAAGCGGGCUAAAGAUCGUGAGUUUUUCAGUGGAGAUGCUGUCCUUGCUCGUAACUAUUCCACCACUGAGAAAUGGGUACCAGCAACCAUUCUUCAAAAGACUGGACCUGUCUCUUAUAAGGUAUGCACACGAGACCACCAGACAUGGAGACGACAUGUUGAACAGCUGUUACCCUCUAUACCUGUUGAAGAAGCCGGUAGCACAGAAACGUCUGAGGAACCUAGUUUUAGUGAGUUGAUCCAAAGCCAGCCAGGAAUACCACCUGACUCUCCUGUUUCAAUUCCUGCCGAUGCUGUCGUGCCAAGGUUACCUGAGGUUGCCUUAGGGGAUGAACAUACCUCAGCUGUACGACGUAACCCUCUCAGAAGCAGGAAGCCUCCUGACCGUCUUAACUUAUGA